AUGUAUCAGGUGCUGCCCGGUAUCCUUGCGGCUGCGGCGUUCACCGGCGGUGCGGCUACCGAGUCUACCGUACAGCCCUGGAUGGCAGCUAUGGCGCAUGUGCAGUGCGCCCCUCCUUGCCGCCCACUCAUGCGAGCUGGCAUGCCUGAUACCUUCCUGCUUGAGCUGCAAACCGGCCACACGGCUGCGCGACGGGGAACGCUUCCGGAUCCGCCUUACCAGGCCGAUAAAAGGGAGCAUCUCAGCAGCUGUCGACUGGGGUGCGGCAUUCUUCUUGGCACGAACUUAUGUUGCUUCAUGUAUCAUGUGCUGCCCGGUAUUCUUGGGGCUGCGGCGUUCAUCGGCGGUGCGGCUACCGAGUCUACCGUACAGCCCCGGAUGGCAGCUAUGGCGCAUGUGCAGUGCGCCCCUCCUUGCCGCCCACUCAUGCGAGCUGGCAUGCCUGAUACCUUCCUGCUUGAGCUGCAAACCGGCCACACGGCUGCGCGACGGGGAACGCUUCCGGAUCCGCCUUACCAGGCCGAUAAAAGGGAGCAUCUCAGCAGCUGUCGACUGGGGUGCGGCACUCUUCUUGGCACGAACUUACGUUGCUUCAUGUAUCAGGUGCUGCCCGGUAUCCUUGCGGCUGCGGCGUUCACCGGCGGUGCGGCUACCGAGUCUACCGUACAGCCCUGGAUGGCAGCUAUGGCGCAUGUGCAGUGCGCCCCUCCUUGCCGCCCACUCAUGCGAGCUGGCAUGCCUGAUACCUUCCUGCUUGAGCUGCAAACCGGCCACACGGCUGCGCGACGGGGAACGCUUCCGGAUCCGCCUUACCAGGCCGAUAAAAGGGAGCAUCUCAGCAGCUGUCGACUGGGGUGCGGCACUCUUCUUGGCACGAACUUACGUUGCUUCAUGUAUCAUGUGCUGCCCGGUAUUCUUGGGGCUGCGGCGUUCACCGGCGGUGCGGCUACCGAGUCUACCGUACAGCCCCGGAUGGCAGCUAUGGCGCAUGUGCAGUGCGCCCCUCCUUGCCGCCCACUCAUGCGAGCUGGCAUGCCUGAUACCUUCCUGCUUGAGCUGCAAACCGGCCACACGGCUGCGCGACGGGGAACGCUUCCGGAUCCGCCUUACCAGGCCGAUAAAAGGGAGCAUCUCAGCAGCUGUCGACUGGGGUGCGGCACUCUUCUUGGCACGAACUUACGUUGCUUCAUGUAUCAGGUGCUGCCCGGUAUCCUUGCGGCUGCGGCGUUCACCGGCGGUGCGGCUACCGAGUCUACCGUACAGCCCUGGGUGGCAGCUAUGGCGCAUGUGCAGUGCGCCCCUCCUUGCCGCCCACUCAUGCGAGCUGGCAUGCCUGAUACCUUCCUGCUUGAGCUGCAAACCGGCCACACGGCUGCGCGACGGGGAAAGCUUCCGGAUCCGCCUUACCAGGUGCUGCCCGGUAUUCUUGCGGCUGCGGCGUUCACCGGCGGUGCGGCUACCAAGUCUACCGUACAGCCCUGGAUGGCAGCUAUGGCGCAUGUGCAGUGCGCCCCUCCUUGCCGCUCACUCAUGUGA